AUGUUCGGUUCCAGCCGAGGCGGCGUCCGCGGCGGACAGGACCAGUUUAACUGGGAGGACGUGAAAACCGACAAGCAAAGGGAGAAUUACCUGGGUAAUUCGCUGAUGGCCCCGGUGGGCCGGUGGCAGAAAGGCCGAGACCUCACCUGGUACGCUAAGGACCGCGUGGGCCCCGUGGGGCUGAGCCGGGAGGAGGAGCUGGCUGCGGUGCGGCAGGCUGAGCAGGAGGCCCUCAUGGCAGCCCUAGGCUACAAGAAUGUGAAGAAACAGCCUACAGGCCUAAGCAAGGAGGAUUUUGUGGAGGUUUGUAAGCGGGAAGGAGCUGACCCGGAAGACAAGGGUGUGGACAGACUCCUGGGGCUCGGGAGCUCCAGUGGCUCCGCAGGCCGAGUGGUGCUGUCCAGAGAAGACAAGGAGGCUGCCAAGCUGGGGCUGUCGGUGUUCACACAUCACCGUGUGGAGAGCAGUGGGGCAGGGACCUCCCCAGCUUCCGCCAGAAAGAAGCUGCACUCUGAAGAGAAAGCAGAGCUGUGCUCUGAGAACCACAAGAAAAGCAAGAAAGAGAAGAAGAAAAAGAAGAAAAAGAAACACAAGAAGGAGAAAAAGAAAGAAAAGCACCACAAGAGGGAGGUGGCGGCUUCUUCCAUGUGCUCAUCUCCUGGGUGGAGCCACUCACUAGCUAUCGCCUCGUCGUCUCCCAGACAUGGACACAGCCGACAUGACUCUAGUUCCUCUGCAAGCGACCACUCCUCCCCCAGCUGCAAAAGGAGGAAGUGGGGACGUGGUGUAUGCAGUGGGAAGAGCCCAGAGUCCCAGAGACGGCAUGACACAGACUCUGAUUCUUGA